AUGCCUUCUUCCAAAGAUGGCCCAACACAACAAGAGUACGAGCGACACCCGUUUCUGCUCUCUGUCGAGCAUCUUAUCCAAUCUUUGCAGACAAAUCUUGACACCGGUCUGACGGGUGACGCAAAAAUCCAAGAGCUUCAACAAAAAUAUGGCCCAAAUCGUCUCUCAGGCGAGGGCGGAGUUAAAUGGUACACUCUACUUGGAAAGCAGGUUUCCAACGCCAUGGUCCUGGUUCUCGUUCUCGCGAUGGCCCUGGCCUACGGCGUUUCAGACUAUGUCGAAGGCGGAGUCAUUACCGCUGUGAUUGUCGCCAAUGUGCUCAUCGGAUUUUAUCAGGAGUUUCAGGCGGAGAAAAAGAUGGAUUCUCUUCGCUCCCUGUCUUCUCCCUCAGCGACUGUGAUCAGAAAUGGUCAUGAGGUCACUGUUCCAUCUGGAGAAGUUGUUCCAGGAGACAUCGUCCAAGUUAAAACUGGAGAUACUAUCCCUGCCGAUGUUCGUCUAUUCGAAGCUAUGAACUUGGAAUGUGACGAGAAAAUCUUGACUGGAGAAGCUGUUCCAGUUGCAAAAGACGUCGAAUGGACCACCGACGGAGAUGAACUCGCAACUGGCGUUGGCGACCGUUUGAACAUGGCCUAUUCCUCCGCAACCGUCACCAAAGGAAGAGGCCGUGGAAUCAUUGUUUUCACUGGGAUGAAUACAGAAAUCGGCAAAAUCGCCCAGUCCAUGCAGGGAAAAAAACGCAAACCCAACCGCUCAUUGUCCCGAAAGAAGUACGGCACCUUCCAGCCAGUCAAGGGAAGUGCUCUCCGUGUUUGGGAUGGAAUUGGUAAAUUCCUUGGGCUCACAGAGGGCACACCGCUGCAGAUCAAAUUGAGCAAGCUGGCCUACACGCUAUUCGGGUGUGCUCUUCUGUUGGCAAUCAUCGUGUUUGGGGUUAACAAAUUCAAUGUAACCAACGAAGUAGCAAUAUAUGCUAUCUCCACGGGCAUCGCCAUCAUUCCAGAAUCCUUGAUUGCCGUUUUGACAAUCACAAUGGUUGUCGGCAUGACACAGAUGAGAAAGCGCAAAGUUGUAGUGCGUCAGCUUAGUGCCCUGGAGGCACUGGGUGGAGUAACCAACAUUUGCUCCGAUAAAACGGGGACUUUGACACAAGGUCAAAUGGUCACUCGGAAAGCCUGGAUUCCUGGUGUCGGGAUGUACUCGCUAUCCAAGUCCGACGAUGCCAACAAUCCAACCCGCGGAAAGAUCAGCAUUAGCCAGCCUCCAGCCUCGAAACAGGAAGCCGAAGAAGAGCGCGAGCGCAAACGCGCCGAACAGGAUCGCCUGCGGAGUACAGCAGGUCUCAAAUUUGACGUUCCUCCAGAGAAGGAAGAGCGCGACAAACGAAAACAAGAUGAGUUGCGUAACGAGAAGAGUGCUCCUGGCGAUGAAGACGAAGACAGCGAACCGACAAGGGUUCCGGAUGUCGUCCCUGAGCUACAAGCGUUUUUGGAGUCUGCCGCAUUGUGCAAUUUGGCUAAGCUGCGUUUUGAUCAAGAAACCGAUCAAUGGCAAACGAUGGGUGAUCCGACGGAGAUUGCGCUACAAGUUUUUGCGCACAGAUUUGCUUUUGGAAAACCAACCCUGGAAAAAGAAAAGGGCUGGAAGCAACUGGCUGAAUAUCCUUUCGACAGCAGUGUGAAAAGGAUGUCCGUCAUUUACCGAUGUGGAGAAGGCCCAGGGACGUUGAUCUUCACCAAAGGAGCAGUAGAGAGGAUUUUGGAUCUCUGCACUUCUGUUGGAGUUGGUAAGCACGAGGAACGGAUGGAUUCAGCCAUGAAAGAAAGAAUCCUUGAUCAAAUGAAUUUCCUUGCAGAGCAAGGUCUCCGUGUUCUGGCUAUUGCGAAGAAGGCCGGGCCAGAUCAUUUCGAGCCACACACAGAAAUUCCUCGGGACCAGGUUGAGAGUGACUUGACACUUCUCGGGCUUGCUGGCUUGUAUGAUCCGCCACGAUUGGAAACCAAGGAUGCCGUGAAAGAAUGCACAAUGGCCGGUAUUCGAGUCCACAUGUUGACUGGCGAUCAUCCUUCGACCGCGACUGCAAUUGCCAAAGAAGUCGGAAUUAUCCCUCGUAACACGGGGAAUCUUUCUGCUGCAGAGGCGGCCUCUCUCGUCAAGACAGCCGCUGAAUUUGACGGAAUGACUGAUGAGGACAUUGAUGCAUUGCCCUCGCUUCCAUUAGUUAUCGCCCGAUGCGCACCGGAUACAAAGACACGAAUGAUCGCUGCUCUUCAUCGCCGAAAACGCUAUUGUGCAAUGACUGGCGAUGGUGUCAAUGACGCGCCCUCCCUUCAAGCCGCAGACGUUGGUAUCGCCAUGGGAAUGGGCGGCUCCGAUGUCGCUAAAUCCGCAUCCGAUAUUGUGUUAACCGACGACAACUUUGCAAGUAUCGUCAAUGCGAUCGAAGAAGGACGCCGCAUGUUCGAGAACAUUCAAAAGUUCAUUCUUCAUCUCGUAACUUCGAAUGUUGGCGAGGUUGUUCUCCUCAUUGUUGGCCUUGGGUUCAAGGACAGAACUGACGUUUCCAUCUUCCCACUGUCACCACUGCAAAUCCUCUGGAUUAACAUGUUGACUUCCUCCUUUCCGGCGUUUGGCCUUGGCCGUGAGAAGGCAGAUGCAGCCGUAAUGCACCGUCCUCCACAUGAUACUAAAAAGGGUGUUUUCACAUGGCAGAUCAUUGUUGAUAUGCUUAUAUACGGUGUAAUCAUGGGAACCUGCACAUUGCUUACCUUCGUCAUCAUCAUCUAUGGAGUUGGCGAAGGUACUGCUUCGCUCGGCGUUGACUGCAACCGUACAGCUAGCGAUGCUUGUACUACUGUUUUCCGCGCGCGUGCCGCUGUAUUUGCAGAGCUUACAUGGCUUAUUCUCAUCUCGGCUUGGGAAUUCAAGCAUUUCCGGAACAGCAUGUUUAAUCUCGACCCCUUGCGUGACCACAGCGACGACCGGAUUCCUUCUUUUCCAUUCUUCCAUGAUGUUUGGGAGAACCAGUUCCUCUUCUGGGCCGUUGUCGUCGGCGCAUUAUCCGUCUUCCCAGCCGUGUACAUUCCGGGUUUAAAUACCAAGGUGUUCAAGCACCAAGGGAUCACCUGGGAAUGGGGUCUCGCGUUUGGCUCAGUGUUUGUGUUCGUCCUUGGUGUGGAGGCAUGGAAGAUGGUGAAGCGAUCAACAGGCUGGUUCGCAUCAGGCGAGGACUACGGCGGCACAACCAUCUCGGGUUUCAGAAGGCGCUGGCCAAGUCACGAACUUGGUCUGAGACAAGGAUUUUUCACUUUCGCGAAGACCUUGACCAGAGGAAGCGAGAAGAGCUUCGGUGUCGGCUUGACAAGCUCUAGGUCUAGCACCCAUGGAAGGGAUAUCCACAGGCGUAACACCGAAACCUCCAUCGGGAAGCAAGCAGAGCAAGUAUAA